AAAAUUGCACUAGACUAGUUGCCUUCUGCAAGAUGAGUAUAAAGAGAAACCAGACACUGAGCUAUCGAUGGGGAAGCGAGUUCAACUCUUGUGCGAUCUGGAGAACUCCAGUGAUGGCAUCGGAGAUGAGCCGUGCUUCUUUCGACCAUGUCAAAUUGGAAGAAACGGGUUUCGGGGCAGCAAUGUUUGUGCGGCGUGGCUGUGCAGGUGAGUCCAAAGACAGCUGCUGCAUCAACAUUUACAUAAACAGCAACGUUCAGGGGGUGAGCAACUCCAUAUUGGUCGGGAGCGAGGUGAGAAUGGCCGAUCCCGGCGUUUCUCUGUACUUUGGAGACAUAAAGCUGGCGAAUGCGCACAAGAGGAGGAGGAGACAUCAGAGAAAUAAGUGGAGCUUUGGGCUCGUUAGUCUUGCGAUCUCGUUACUAGUGUUUGCACUGCUGCUCUUGUUGCUGCUCCUGAUAUUGUAGUCUACACUUUCACCACAAAAGAAGAAAGAACUAUUCGUUCUCAAUUUUUGUUUCUCCUCCUUUUCGGUUUCUCAUUGCAUUCUCAGUUUCUUCUCUCUAUGUUGAAUGGCGUUUCGUCGCCAUUGAGAGUCGAGACCGCCUCUCCAGGCUGCAUUUGUUCAUAUUGAAAUCACAGUCUAGGAAAGGAAGUACCUCGAGGCUACAUACAUGAA